GAGAAGAGAAGAGGAGAAGAGAAGAGACGCCUUUAAUCCCAGCACUCGGGAAUACAAUCCCUGAGUUUGAGGCCAGCCUGGUCUACAGAGGGACUUCUAUGAAAGCCAGGGCUACACAAGGAAAUCCCAUCUCAAAAACAAACAAACAAGGAGCUGGGGAUUUAGCUCAGUGGUAGAGCGCUUACCUAGGAAGCGCAAGGCCCUGGGUUCGGUCCCCAGCUCCGAAAAAAAGAACCAAAAAAAAAAAAAAAAAAAAAACAAACAAACAAGCAUAACAGUUUCAGGAGAUCAGAGACCACUCCUCCAGAGUGCAUUGGGACUCAAGUUUGGAAAACAAGAAAUUAGGUUGUGCAAAGGCAUGGCUGUGCAUUUAGGAGGCCCAGUAAGAGCUGAGCACUCAGAAGGUAGAGGCGUGUGAAUCAAGAGUCCAAGAGCUUCUUCAGUGUGUGUAGUUCAAGACCAACAUAGGCUACGUGAGACCUGCCCCAUCUCUCCUCAACCACUAGGGAGGAGGGAAGAAACAAGGGAAAGGGAGGGACAAGAAGGGCAGAAAGGAAUCUAAAAAGUAACUAUUAAAAAUGAAUGUGAGGUUUUAGGAUGCAAGGUUAACAUAUUUUUUUAAGAUUUAUUUUUAUUUUAUGUGUUUGGGUGUUUUGCCUGCAUGUGUGUCUGUGCACUGUGUAUGUGCAGUGUUGGAGGAGGCCAGAAGAGGGCAUCAUAUCCCAGAACUGGAAUUACAGAUGGUUAUUAGCCAUCAUUCGAGUGCCAAGAAUGAUGUCUCCUGGAGAAGCAGUCAGUGCUCUUAACCACCAAGCCGUCUCUCCAGCCCAGUGUUUCACAAACUGUCAACAAACCAUUACACAAUUUAAAAAAAAAAGGGGGGAGUGAGUGUUAUCUAUUGCAUCAAAGCCCCUCAAAAGCCUUAUAGUAAAUCAGCUUAAGGAUAUCUAAGAUGUGUGUCCUAAAAGCUAUACAAUGUAGCUGAAAGGAAUUUCAAAGAUUAUAAAUGGAGAAACAGACCACAUUUGUGGAUCAGAAAGAUUCAAUGUUGCAUUUGGCUCGCCCACGUUUAGCUACAGAUUCAGGGCAGUUGUUACCAGUGGCCCGUGUUAGAAAGACUAGCUGAUUCUGAAUUGGGUAUGAAAUAUAGAGGACCUUUUUAAAAAAAGAACAAAGUUAGAGGGUUAUGCUAAUCUUAGAGCUCAUCUCAAAGCUGAAGUGUGGUUUCAGUCUAAGGUGGAAAAACGUCAGAGGAAGAACAGAGUCCAGGAGCAGGCUGCAUCCACUGCUCUUCACGGGCACCCAUCCAGACCACUGAUGCAAUGCAGGGCAAGCAAAGCCAUCCCUUGGACAGUGCUGGAGGGGUCGCAUAGAGCCAUUAAAGACAACGUUGAAAGGUCCUAUACUUCAUUGAUUUAAAAGACCCCUGGAAACGUGAGGAGGCAAACCACAGACUGGGAAAACAUUUGUGGCACACAGUUUUGACAUACAACAUGUAGAGCACACAUUGUAACCAUAGAAACAAGGGUAAAAGAAUGUGUUUUCUUUGCAAAGGUAGGUGUGUGGGGAAGCCAAGAGAGACUGUGCCUUUCAGAAAGGAUAGGAACGGGGCUGGGGAUUUAGCUCAGUGGUAGAGCGCUUACCUAGGAAGCGCAAGGCCCUGGGUUCGGUCCCCAGCUCCGAAAAAAAGAACCAAAAAAAAAAAAAAAAGGAUAGGAACAGCAAGCAUGGUAGUGUCUGCCGCUGAGGACCUGUGACAGAAAGUCCUGUUUCAGGGAAUAUGUGUAGCUGACCUUAGCCAUGCUACCCUCAGGAAUGUGUCCUCUAGGCCCAGAGCUACAGGUAUCCUGUAGUUUUGCCCAGAGUGGCCAGAUGCUGGAGACCUCCAUGUGCCAAUCUUUUAAGAACCAAUGGAUAUAUUACAACAGAGUGAAGUAAUGCACAAGGGAAGGUAGCUACAUGGUUACCACCCAGACCUACAGUGCACAGCCAGGCAGACUGGGAGCUCCUGGAGCAUGUGUUCCUUCAGGGGACUUCCCUGGUCAGACAGGACCCUUGAGCUGGACCAUGAUGGUCUUGACAUCAGUAGGUCAUAGAACUGACCAGAAAGGAAGCAGAGAAAUUGUCCCUGGGAAUGGAAAUGCCCACAUCCUGUCAGACUUCCAGAUUCCUGACAGCAGCCUAUGUCAGAAGUCAAACACAGUGUGUGUGUACCUGUUCCCUGUAAACCGCAGCAAGCCUUCUGUCAGAGCGUGUCCUGAGCCUGCUCAUACACUGGAUGCUUCGAGAUGCAGGCCGCAGCGACUGCAUCAUGCCUUUCAGUGAGUGCGUGAGUCUGUAACACUGUGUGUCCAGAGAGCAGGAAAGGGGCCAGUGGCAGCCAUUGGGUGGAGGACUUGGGCAAGACUCAGAAGAGCAGCUGUGCGUGAAUGGAGUAGCCAGGUAGGUAUUACCUUGAGAGUUGCUGUGGUUCUUGCCCACUAACAGAGUCUAAGAAGCCUCAUCCUACUUAGGACCUGGGGCCAUAGGGGACUUCUCAGAACCUAGACAACUCAGCAAAGAGCAGAGGUAGCCAGAGAAGACCUGGGCAGUGAGUGGGAGGGGAAGUAAUCAAGUGCCUCUGAGAACUAAGUGGGAGAUACAUUCUGGGAGGAAGGAGCUAGCCAUAGAGCAGCUCCUGCUGGAGAGGCAAGAGACUGCCCCCAGGGCUGCCUGCAAUGUGUCCAAAAUAUUCUAAACCUUGACUAGCGUGGUCCAAGAGCUUCCUCAGCAGCUGCCACAAAAACCAACAGGUCCCAGGAGUGGACAGCAGUCAUGGAGACAACAAAAAGCACCUGGUCAGCUCUGAGUGGCACUCAUCCCCUGCUAGACAGAGUGCAGCAUGGGGCCUGCAGAUCAUGCUUAUGGGCUGAGGUGGGGCCAGAUGUGCAGCACACGGAGAAACCCUGAAACGUUUUCUCGUGGGGCAUUUUUCAUGUAGAAGGAAAUCUGUUUCUGCUCGUGUCUACUUCAGAGCAAGGCCACUCGGCCCCAAGCCCCAGGUUGUUAGGAGGUGGGGUCUCCAAGACUGCUGCAAAGCCAAGUCUCCGUUCGCCAGGAGGCUGGCUGUGCUUACGUCGACGGGCCCAGUGACUGUUCUGAACGGGCUGAACCAGGAUAAUUUUAAAAGCAGUUUCCAUGUUAGCGUGCACCGCCCCCCAGGAUGCUUCAGGAGAUGAUGCUCAGGCCACGGAAGUGUGGGCUCGUGGGCGGCUCUGAACAGUUAGCGAGCAGGGUGGAGACAUCGGUAGCAGGGAAGAGCGGGUGCUAAGGAACCAAGACAAAAACAGGCUUUGAAGUUGCCGGGCUCUUUUCUCGGAGUUAGAGUGCCGCUGGUGAAAUCGUAUUAAAUAUAAUGAAAUAAAUGCUGGAAUGCAGGGUGAGCCUGUGAAGACAGAACGGAACGGAUGUCCCUGCCAUUUCCCUCGUCCUGGGCAUCCUAACUCAGAAAUGAGAGCAAUCAUUCUAAUUGGCUUUAUUGCAUUAGCGUGGGCAGAGCUAGAGAAAGGGGUCUUUCUUCCUGCUUACCCAUCAACCCCCAGGACACUCAGAAGGGCUGACCUCUGACCCUGCUCCGAGACAUCGCGGGAAUCUUUGGACCCCGUGUCUGCUGUGUCAUGACCUUUGAUCCCCAAUUGCAGGCCUCUCAUAUAGCUGGCCCAGGCUGGCCCCUGGCAGCCUCUUCAGGUCCCCAUUCAACAGCUGUUUGUCUCACACAGCCCGUGACCCUCAGAGGCUUAAAGCCUCACAGCCCAGCACAUCCGUUCUCGAUAGCCCAUCAAAGGUUAUUAUGCAUAGGUGCGGAGGUCCUUUUCAAGGGGCGUAGCGGCAAAAGCCUUGCAGCUCCGCGUAUCUCUCUUCUCAAGUGCUUUUGUUGCAUCCGGCCAUGUCCUCAUGCGCACGUGUACAGACCACGUGGGCGCAGGCAGCAGGAAACCAUUGAAUCGCGUUGCUUGACAACAAGGAGACGGUGAAUCAGACCUGUCUAAAACCAUCGGGGAAACUAGCAAAUCUUCAGGCAUUAGCAGCUAAGAGAGGCCCAGAGCUUCUAGAAGGGAAACCGAUGUUUUUACAACAAGGCAGAUUGUUUACUUAUGCAGCAACUGCACUUUCAAGGGCCUCAUCAAGGUCCGUGGGGAUAAGUGCUGGCUGGAUCUGACCUGCAUGGACUUCCAUUAUGAGACUCAGCCAGUGCCCAACCCGAUGGCCUACUACCUGCACAGGUCACCGCGGUGGUUCCACCGCUUUGAGACACUCAGCAACCACUUCCUGGAGCUCCUCGUGCCUUUCUUCCUGUUCCUCGGACGGCGGAUGUGCGUUCUUCAUGGGGUGCUGCAGAUCCUUUUUCAGGUAGUCCUCAUCAUCAGUGGGAACCUGAGCUUCCUGAACUGGCUCACCAUCGUGCCCAGUCUUGCCUGCUUCGACGAUGCAACCUUGGGAUUCCUGUUUCCCUCAGGACCGCGAGGCCUAAAGAAGCGAGUCCUGGAGAUGCAGAGGGAAGAUGCACAGAGGGUCCAGCCCAAGCCAAGAUACUUAGGCUGCGUGGUGCGGCAAGCGGCCAACAUCUCCCUGGGCAUCCUGGUGGCCUGGCUCAGCGUACCCGUGGUUAUCAACCUCCUAAGCUCCAAGCAGGUCAUGAACACCUCCUUCAACCCACUCAGGAUUGUCAACACCUAUGGGGCCUUCGGAAGUAUCACCAAAGAACGGACUGAGGUGAUCCUGCAGGGCACAGCGAACCCCAAUGCCAGUGCACCUGAUGCAGUGUGGGAGGACUACGAAUUCAAGUGCAAACCAGGGGACCCCUGGAGGCGGCCAUGCCUCAUCUCUCCAUACCACUACCGCCUGGACUGGCUAAUGUGGUUCGCAGCUUUCCAGACCUAUGAGCAAAACGAGUGGAUCAUUCACCUGACGGGAAAGCUCCUAGCUGAUGAUGCUGAGGCCCUGUCCCUACUCGCCCUUAACCCCUUUGAGGGUAGGGCUCCCCCCAGGUGGAUCCGAGGAGAGCACUACCGAUACAAGUUCAGCCUCCCCGGUGGCCAGCACGCCGCCCAGGGCAAGUGGUGGAUACGCAAGCGAAUUGGUCCUUACUUCCCCCCACUCUGCCUGGAGGAUCUGAAGGAAUACUUUAAGACUCGGGAGUGGCCACUGCCAGAGCCCCCAUCUAGACACACCCUGAAAUAAAGACCAGAGACCGCUCUUCCACCUGUACUUUGUGCUGUGGCCACGGGACCCACACAGUGACCAGGCAGCCCAUGGGUCCUGCCAAGAAGAGGUUUGAAAAAGGUCGUGCUUCCCAGCUGUCAGCCUCCUACCUCUGUCUGUCCCUGUCACCUUGCUAUCCCUUCCCCGUUGUGGAAAGAAGAGCCAGCCAGCCCCAUGCAUUGCAUGUGACCACACAGUGGAGUUCCAUGGGCACCAGACCUCCCCUUUAGCUGCAGGACAGCAGGUCCUCACCGUCUUCUACGUCACAGGCAGCUGUUGUUGUAAAAAUAUAAAAAUAAAAAAGUAA